CGAUGUCGUUGCCACUGCCAUGGCCAGUGUCCGCAGUGAAUGAACAAUUUGUUCGGGAUUUCGUAAAGUUUACAUCGUACACCGAAGGGCGGGAUAAACUUUACAGGGUUACCCAAUAUGCGUCAAGGUUUCUGCUUUGGUACUUAACAAGAUAUGGAGGACCAGACACCACGGUACAAAAAGUUCAACAACUCGAAGCAGCUGUCACCACAUCAAGAAAAUUAUUUCGAAUGUUUCGUUCCAUGGAGUUUGCUCAGAAGGCAAUGGAUGCCCUCCGACAGACUGACGAUAUUCAACGAUUCUUGACCUUAAUUGGCUUCACUGGUAAAGCACUGUGGCUGCUGAUAGAUCAUCUGGUCUGGCUCGGCAGAACCAAGAUUUGUGAUGUGGAUAUCAAGAAAUGGGGUCAACGCUCAGCGUGGUACUGGCUCAUAGCGUUACUCUCAUUGACCUUAAAUGACCUUCGUAAGAUCCAACUGCUGACGCGUCGAGCAGAGGCCCUGAAACUAGAAGGACUGAUGAAGUCUAAUCAAGGAGUAGAGCUCAAGCGAGACAUGCAUAAGGCUCGGCUCGGUCUCUUGGUCAAUCUGAGUGAUGUAUGGAUCCCCGUGUCUGUACUAGGAUACGUAAGCAAAGGUUUGGGGUCGAUGGGAGGGGUCAUCGCUUCCAUUACAGCAAUUCAUUUAGUGUGGAAUAAAAAUGUUCAUGGGAAGUGAACAGUUUUUGAAUUCAAAAAAUUCAGCGAGAGCGAAAUGAAGUCCGAACUUGUGAUUGACACAUGAACAACUGAUCAACUAUGAAGUUCAGCAAAGUUAACUUGAGAGUUAAGCACUGCUGUGCAAAAUUGCAUCGAGUGCAAUACAGCUUUCAGAACUUUGUUUUGUUUGAAUACAAAUUUUCUAUGAAUUCAACAAGAGCAAAAUGAAAUGUGUCACCAAAACUUUUGAUUCAUGAUGAACUACUGAUCAACUAUGAAGUUGAUUACAGUUAAAGCCAUUGGACCCUUUCGAGUCAGAAAAAAUAAUAAAAGUUCACAGA